UUUUUGUAAUUAUUUUGAUAGAUAUAUCUAUCUAGGCCUAAUUAGAACUUUUAUAUACUUCAUAGUACACAAAUAUCAAAGCUUACAAACAAACGAGAAAUAUUAGGAUUAGCUAGAAUAAGAGUGUCACAAACGGAGUUACGUAAUUAUAAUCAAAUUAUUUCAAACGUAUUAAUAUCUCAUUUAAAAAAUUGUAACUAGAUCUCACACAACACAUACCGGUGUGUUCUAUUUUAAUAUUUCCGUUAAGGAUUAUAAUCAGAGCCACCUACUGUCUGGAGGUGCAACGGCGUAAAAUCCUUCCGAUAGAUGGAGUAUAAAGACAGUAAUUCUUGCCGUUAGCAAACUUUUUCUUCAAAGUUUUCAGAACUAAUAGAAAAGUAAAAGAUGAAUAUUAAAGAUUUUGGAUGAAAAAUGAUUAGAGAUUUAUCAUAAAGUUCUUUGAACAGAAGGAAAACUUUGGCCGUAAAUUUAGUUUCUGACAAAAAACUUUGAAUGGUUCAAUAAAUUUUCCUUUUCUUCUUUCCUCUUUACAAACAAGGGUACGCUUGUAUAGACCCAAUUAAGUUAAAGCAAUUUCCUACGGCCAUUCAAAUUCGCUUGCACGUAAAAUCGCUACAGGUGUGCCAUUACACGAACACACACACACAACAACAUAACAUUAUACAUACAUACGUAUUACAUAGUCAGUAUAGAAAAAGAGGGUGGUGGACACUCGUGCACGUGUCUAACUCACCUCAAAUAAAAAAAAUCCUCUUGUUAAUUGGAGCUUUUAAAUAAAUCGUAGUGUGUACGAUUAAUUGUCACUAUAACAAAUGUUUGUUUUAUAUUUAACAAACUAACGAGAGAUGAAGAAGAGAUGUAAACUUUCUAUUUUUCUUCUUCUUAUUCUUCAAGUUAACGAAAUUAUAACGGGAGUAAAAUACGUAACUUGUUGCAAAAGUUAAGGUCCUUUGAAAAAAGACCCCGUUGACACGCGGCAUUCAAGCGGCAUUCCUGCAGAGAUUCGCUUUUCAUCUAACCGUCGCAAACUGCUAUAAUUUUGUAACACCCACAAGAAGAGAGAAAGAAAAGAAUUGGGGGGGCGCGGAAAAAGAGCGGGGCCAAAGAAGUAAUAAAAGUAGUGGAUGGAGAGAAAAACUUAGGAAAUUGGCGGAAGAGCAUAGGAGAGGGAGACGGCGGGAGGGGGGUGGGUGUAUUCAAAUCCCCUCUCUCCCUAUGCUCGCCAGUCGCACACAAAGACUCCGCCUCAACCAAUCACCGAUUGGACACGCGACGGGCGCGUUCUGCGCAUGCGUCUAUAAGAGGCAACACGCGCCGGUGGUGAUUUCACUUGCAGCAUGCUAACGGACGAAGAAACUCACAAAGAAAACUGCCCUAAAAGGAAGAGACGUCAAAAGACGCCUAAAACUCCUGCAGUUGUGCAAAACUUAAAGAGAGUGCGUAGAUCUAAGGCUAACGAUAGAGAAAGGAACCGAAUGCACAAUUUGAAUGGAGCCCUGGAAGACCUCCGAGAAAGAUUACCGCAAUUUGGAGAAGAUAAUAAACUGACAAAGAUCGAAACUUUACGCUUUGCUCACAACUACAUUUGGGCUUUGACGGAGACCCUACGAAUGGUCCGAUCGCAGCAACUGUCUCCAGACACUUCUAAUCUGCAGUUAGCUGCUUCUAUGGCUUUGCAUGGUCCAAUGAAUAUGAAUGCAAGAUCUACAUCCUCCUCUUCCUCAUGCUCGCCCAUUAACGACGGAUUUCCUUCGCCGCACAAUACGCCCUCCUUCCUUCCCGCUCAAACACCUCUAUCGAAUGAAUGGACGAAUUGCGGUUGGCAACAAAAUGCAGCCCUCCCUCCAAAUAACUCUUGCAGUUAUCAGUGUUUCUCCUAAAAAAAAACUGCAAAAAUAGAAAAGAAAAAGCAAACGUCCUUCUCUACAUAUCUUGGCCUUCCAAAUUCACAAAAAAAGAGACUAAAAGAAUCUAUAUUCUGUACAUA